GUAUACUCUCCUGAUCCAAUCCAUGUGUCGGGCCUGAGAUUCGGGCUUAUCGUCAUUCCAUGUGGUCACAUACUGUAUCAUGUACUUAACUCCUUUUCUAUGCGGAAAAGGUGUCUCGUCUUCCGGAAUCCGGCUCAUCAUGCCUCCGUAAGGCGUGAGUAUCAUCAACGGCGUUUCCUCUCUCGUCCAAAGGCCCUCGAGCCCUUCUUCCGUGAUGGCAUUCAUUACGUAAUCCGACUUUGCCUUGAAGGUCUCGGGUGGAGUCCCGCUCGGGUAGCCCGUGAUGUACAUAAUCGACUCGAUCCAGCUCAUUUCCGUGCAGUCCUUUCUCUUAAGCCCGAGCUCGGGAAAGCUCUCGUCCAUCACCCGAAUCAGCCUCUCUGCCUUGCCGAAAAAAACCGCGUUGUAAAGGUUCGAAAUCGUGUUUUUGCUCCUCUGUAUGAUGACUCGGAGGAAGAGGUCCUCGUCGAUCGUGUCGGCGACUUGCUGCCACCUGGCGAGGAUUUUGGUCGCGUUCUGCUCGAGUGUCCUCGAGACAAGUUCGCCGAUUGUGGCCCCGGCUUGGGCCCACGCGGUCUUUUCGUUUGGGUCGACGGUGAUCGACCGCAAUCGGGAGAGGUCGAGGAGGACGAAGGGCUCGUCUUUCGACUCGGAGGAGUAGGAGAGGCCUUCGUAGAGGCCCAGGGCUCGGGUGCAGGUGACAGUGGCUUGGACUUGGUUUUCGAUGAAGGGGGUGAAGAUGAGGAGGGGUUUGGGGACGGAGGGGACGAGUCGCCGGAGGUUUUGGGCGGUGGAUUCGAGGACGGCGGAGAAGGAGGAGUUGUCGGCGGAGUAGAAGGAGGAGGAGAAGGGGACGGCGAGAUCAGAGUU